AUGGUCGACGACAACAAUGCUCAGGAAGUCGACGAGCCUCCUCUCUUCAAGUACCAGCGGCUGGGCAGGUCCGUCCCGCUCAUCCUAGGCUCCGACGCCGCCUCCUCCCUCGCGGUGCACGCGCGGUUCCUCGUGCUCGGCACGGCGUCGGGGGCGCUCCACAUCCUCGACCCGUCGGGCCUGGAGCUGCGGCGGUUCGCGCCGCACUCCUCCGCGGUGACGGGCGUCUCGAUCGACGCGUCGGGAGAGUUUGUCGGCUCGUGCUCGCAGGACGGUACCGUCGUCGUGAGCAACACGAUCAGCGGCGAGGGCUCAACCCAGUGGUACCCGCGCCCGGUGCAGAGCAUCGCGCUGAUGGACUCGGCGGGCGACUUUGCCUCGCGCCGCCCGGUGGCGACGGGCGGUCUGGCGGGCCAGCUGGUGCACUCCGCUCGCGGCUGGUUCGGCGGCGCGAAGGACACCGUCCUGCACGCGGGCGAGGGGCCCGUCACGGCGGUGGCGUGCGGCGGGCCGCUCAUCGCGUGGGCAAACGACGUGGGGGUCAAGGUGUUUGACACGGCGCACAACCGGUGCGUCUCGUUCGUCGAGCGGCCGUACGAGCGGCCGCCCUCCGACCUCUUCCGGUGCCAGCUGCUGUGGUCCUCUCCCGCCGAGCUCGUCAUCGGCUGGGCCGACUCGAUCAAGCUCGGCGUCGUGCGCUCGCGCGGCGGCGGCGGGCCAGACUCAAAGGGCCCGCGGCUGUACAUGGAGGUGGUGGCGCUGCUGCAGACGGACUUCUUCGUCUGCGGCCUCGCCACCGCCAGGCUGCGGCGCGAGGGCGGCGCUUGGGCGACCGACCUGCUCGCGCUCGCCUUUGAGAUCCUCUGCGACUCGCUCUCCGUCGAGGGGCACGAGGCGCUGACUGCCGCGCAGUGCGACGACCUCUCCGAGAUGACUGCGUACGUCGUCGCGCCUCAUGACAUCGUGGUGGCUCGCUCCUUCUCGUGGGACGACCGCAUCGCGUGGCUCCUCUCGUCGGGGAGGUUCGAGCUCGCCCUCACCCUCGCCAGCAGGCACACGGCCAGCCUCAGCCGCCACACGCCCCUCGCGAUCGCCGAGCAGUACGCGGCCUCGCUCCUCGAGGCGCCGCACGCCGCACCUGCGAGCUGCGCGCCCGGGAGCAGCACGCCGGCGCCGGCGGACGGCGGCACGGCGAGGGGAGGGGAGGUGGGCGGAGCCGGUUCGGCGGGUCUGAGGGCUGAGGGCGCGGACUCGGACAGUGGCAGCGGUCUCAGCCAAUCGGAGCAGGGAGGCGAGCUCGAGGCGCCCGCCUCGGUGGCGGCGCGCGUCCUGGCGUCGCAGCUCGGCAACGACGCCGCGCGCUGGCUGCGGUGGCUGCGUCGCUUCGCCGCCGUCGGCGCAGUCCGCUGGCUCGUCGAGGCGGUGCCCGUGAGGCCGCCGCUGCAGGGCGCGGGAGGCAGCGCCUCGGACGUGUACGAGAGCGCGCUCGAGCUGCUGAUGAGGGAGGCGCCCGCCGAGGCGCUCGCCUACCUCCGCUCGUGGCACCCCUCCCUCUGGAGAGAGCCGGUGCUCGCACUGCUGGCGGUAUCGCGGCGCGAGGUGGGCGUGGCGCUCGACCUGCUCCUCUCGCUCCCCGCGGGGCAGGCCGAUGUCUUUGUCUUUCUCAGCCAGCAGGGCGCACACGCCCUCGCUCUCCACCGGCUGCUCGACCUCGCCCGCCUCUCGUGGCCCCGCACGCUCGCGCUGCUCCUCGCGCGGAGCGACUCGUCCUUCCCGCCCGCCGCCGUCGUCCCUCAGCUCGAGGCGGCGCCGUGCGAGCCGCCGGCCCUCUGGCUGCACGAGUACCUCCACGGGCUGCUCGAGUGCAACCCGGCUGCCGCGGCGCCCUUCGCGCCGCGCCAAGUCGAGCUGUACGCAGCACUGGCGCCGCAGCAGCUGCUGCCCUUUCUGCGCUCGUCGAGCGGGUACGAGCCAGAGGCUGCGCUCGACGUGGCCAAGGAGCACGGGCUCGUCGACGCGCAGAUCUACUUGCUCGCGCAGCAGGGCGCCGCCAGGGCGGCGCUCUCCCUCGCGCUGGGCGACGGGCGCGACCUCGGCGCCGCGCUCAAGCUGGUAACAGAGAGCGGCGAGGAGGAGCUGUGGCCUCUGCUGCUCGACGAGGCGGUGGCGUCGCCCGCGCUGACGCAGGAGCUGCUCCUGCGCGUCUGCCGCCCGCCGCUGCUCGCCAUCGACCCGCUCGCGCUGCUCCGCCGGCUGCCCGAGGGCGAGCGGAUCGACGGCCUCCGCAAGCACCUCACCCGCUUGCUGCGGCAAGUCGCCGAGCACGAGGGCCUCUCGAGGGGCGCCGCCGCUAUCGCGCACGCCGACACGGCGGCGCUCCUGGGCGAGCGGCAUGCGGCGCAGUGCCGCGGAACAACCCUGCAUUUGCCGCUUCCACAGGACCCGUCGGCGAGCGGCGAGGCGGGCCCAGACUAGCUGGCGAGCGUGUGCGUGUCUGAGCAACUGAUGUCAACUCGGCUAGCCACUGCCACUGAGCGAAACUGCAACCGUGAUGUCUCGUGAGCCGUCCCGUGAGGAGGCGAGAAUUUGUUCUCCAUUGCACAAAGAUCACAGGACCUGCUC